CUUUUAAUUCCAUUGUGGAGAGGACGGCGUUAUUUUUAUUAACUGGAGGCGACGGCGGCUGCGGCGGCGGCAGGACCCCCAGGCCUCCUCCGGGGCAUGAAAAUCGGCAGUGGGCUCCUGAGUGGCGGCGGUGGGACCGGCAGUAGCGGUGGUAGCGGCUCCGGCGGCGGCAGCGGCGGCGGCGGCGGCGGCGGCGGCGGCCGGCGAGCGGACAUGGAGCCCACCUUUCCCCAGGGUAUGGUUAUGUUCAACCACCGGCUGCCCCCGGUCACCAGCUUCACCCGGCCGGCCGGCUCGGCCGCCCCUCCCCCGCCGUGCGUGUUGUCCUCCUCUACCUCCGCAGCCCCGGCCGCCGAGCCCCCCCCUCCGCCAGCCCCGGACAUGACUUUCAAGAAGGAGCCGGCGGCGUCCGCCGCGGCCUUCCCCCCGCAGAGGACCUCCUGGGGCUUCUUGCAGUCUCUGGUUAGCAUCAAGCAGGAGAAGCCCGCGGACCCCGACGAGCCGCAGCCGCAGUCCCACCACCACCAUCACCACCACCACUACGGGGGGCUGUUCGCUGGGGCCGAAGAGCGCUCGCCGGGCCUCGGAGGCGGGGAAGGGGGGAGCCACGGCGUGAUCCAGGACCUCAGCAUUCUCCACCAGCACGUCCAGCAGCAGCAGCAGCAGCAGCAGCAGCCAGGCCAGCACCACCGCGACGUGUUACUCAGCAGCAGCAGUGGCGGCGGCGGCGGCAGCAGCAGGACCGAAGACCACCAUGGCAGCCAGGAGCCAAAGCAGGACGCGAACGUCAAAAAGGCGAAGAGGCCAAAGCCAGAAUCUCAGGGAAUUAAAGCCAAGAGGAAGCCAAGCGCAUCUUCCAAACCUUCUUUGGUCGGAGAUGGAGAAAGUGCUGUCCUCUGCCCCAGUCAGAAACCUCAUAUCUGUGACCACUGCAGCGCUGCUUUCCGGAGCUCCUAUCACCUGCGAAGACACGUUCUCAUUCACACGGGAGAGAGGCCGUUCCAGUGCAGCCAGUGCAGCAUGGGCUUCAUUCAGAAAUACCUCCUGCAGAGGCACGAGAAAAUCCACAGUCGGGAGAAGCCCUUUGGGUGCGACCAGUGCAGCAUGAAGUUCAUCCAGAAGUACCACAUGGAGAGACACAAGAGGACGCAUAGCGGAGAAAAGCCAUAUAAAUGUGACACCUGCCAACAGUAUUUUUCAAGGACUGAUAGGUUGUUGAAGCACAGGCGCACCUGUGGGGAAGCCAUGGCUAAAGGAGCCGCUGGUGCAGAACCUGGGGCAUCCAACCACAGCGGCGGCGUGGGCAGCCUGGCUGUGUUGUCUCAGGGAAACUCCAGUUCUUCGAGGAGGAAAGCGAAGUCGAAAAGCAUAGCGAUCGAAAACAAGGAACACAAGACCGGGAAAGCCAACGAGUCGCAAGUUUCAAACAGUAUACACAUGCCGAGUUACACGGUCGAGAUGCCCAGCGUGUCUUCCAGCGGUGGUCUCAUGGGCACUGGCAUAGACGAGCUGCAGAAAAGGGUGCCAAAGCUGAUCUUCAAGAAGGGCAGCAGGAAGAGUACGGACAAAAACUACCUGAACUUCGUGUCCCCGCUGCCAGACCUGGUGGGUCAGAAGGCCCUGUCGGGGAAGCCCGGUGGCUCGCUCGGCGUCGUGUCCAAUAGCAGCGUGGAGAGCAUCGGUCUCCUCCAGAGUGCAGGUGGCAAGCAAGGGCAGAUCAGUAGUAAUUAUGAUGAUGCCAUGCAGUUUUCCAAGAAAAGAAGAUACUUGCCAACUGCCAGCAGCAACAGUGCCUUCUCUAUCAACGUGGGCCACAUGGUCUCCCAGCAGUCGGUCAUUCAGGCCGCGGGGGUCAGCGUCUUGGACAAUGAGGCGCCAUUGUCACUCAUUGACUCCUCAGCACUCAACGCUGAAAUCAAGUCUUGUCACGACAAGUCCGGCAUUCCCGAUGAGGUCCUCCAGAGUAUUUUGGAUCAGUAUUCCAACAAAUCCGAAAGCCAGAAGGAGGAUCCUUUCGACAUGGCAGAGCCGCGAGUGGGCUUGCACACCUCGGGAGAACAUUCGGAACUGGUUCAAGAAGAGAAUUUGAGCCCAAGCACCCAAACUUCUUCAAAUGACAAAGCAAGCAUGUUGCAAGAAUACUCCAAAUACCUCCAGCAGGCUUUUGAGAAAUCCACGAAUGCAGGUUUUACCCUCGGGCACGGUUUCCAGUUUGUCAGUUUGUCCUCACCUCUCCACAACCACACUUUAUUUCCAGAGAAACAGAUAUACACUACGUCUCCGUUGGAGUGUGGUUUCGGCCAGUCUGUUACCUCAGUGUUGCCAUCCUCAUUGCCAAAGCCUCCUUUUGGGAUGUUGUUUGGAUCCCAGCCAGGUCUUUACCUGUCUGCUCUGGACGCUGCCCAUCAGCAGCUGACCCCUUCCCAGGAGCUGGACGACCUGAUAGAUUCUCAGAAGAAUUUAGAGACUUCAUCAGCCUUCCAGUCCUCAUCUCAGAAACUGACCAGCCAGAAGGAACAACAGAAAAACUUGGAGUCCUCCACGAGCUUUCCGAUCCCAUCUCAGGAGUUAGCUAGCCAGAUCGAUCCUCAGAAAGACGUAGAGCCUAGAACAACGUACCAGAUCGAGAACUUUGCACAAGCGUUCGGUUCUCAGUUUAAGUCGGGCAGCAGGGUGCCAAUGACCUUUGUCACUAACUCUAAUGGAGAAGUGGACCAUAGGGGCAGGACCUCGGUGUCAGAUUUCUCAGGGUAUACAAAUAUGAUGUCUGAUGUGAGUGAGCCAUGUAGUACACGAGUAAAGACGCCCACCAGCCAGAGUUACAGGUAAGGUCCAGCAGGCGGCCAGGCCGGGGGGCCUUGAAUGGAAUUUUGUUUUAUUUUGAGAACACUGCCAUUGGAAUGUUUCUACACGAUCCUAUUAAGAAUAAUGUAAUGCCCUUUCAAUGCAACUUUUCAUAUUUAGUUUAUUUUGUUAGUGUGAUUUUAGCUCUGUUUGUAUUAUGAUUUUUAAUCAAAAUCAAUAGAUUAAAAAUAGUUUGACAUUCAAAGUGACAAUGUUUAGCAAUCAAAUUUACAUGUAUAGGUUGUCAGGGAAUAGCCCAAAAGUUUUAAACGCAAAAACAAAAAACUACAAAAAGCUUAAAAGGAAAAACAAACAAAAAAAUCUUUGUUGCUAGGAUUAAGGUUAUUCUAAUUGCUUUACUCUCAGGAAAGUAAUAACGCAUGGGAACUCUGUACGUUAUCGCUGUAAUGGAAUAUCCACCUUACAGAUAGUGUGAUAUACAUUUCAUCUUUUAAGUAAGGGAUCGAAAACAUUUCAGAUUGCUCUGUCUGGGCCGAAAUGUUAGACAUUUCAUCAUUUAAGUAAGGGAUUUAUAAAAAAAAACAUUUCAAAUCGCUGUCUCCAUCUGGGCUGAUCCAAAGUUCUGAGAUUGUUGGCUACCUAUAUUUUGUUGCAGCUUUGAAAUGUACUCUGAACUUCCAAACCACAUUCAUUCCAGCCUGGUAGAACAAAUAUUCUUGGAUCUUUGAUCAAAGCCUGGAAUGAUAGCUUUAAUAAGAGAAGAGAAAAAAAAAAAGCACCCUGUGUUGACGCUAACUGUAACAAGGCUGUAAUUCCAUGAAGUGAUUCUACUGCUCCGAGGCUGGGGCGGUUGGUUCCAGUGGCAGCUCCAGAGUUGGAAUUGCAUGGUAUGCUGAGAUGUGGGGUCUGCAUUAUUUAUUACACGUGGCCUGAGACGUUCUCUGUGCUGUUACCUGUCCACCCUCACGUCCGCUGGUGUUCUCGUUCCUCAACUCUGUUCCUAAGAGUUCUGGACCUUCCUUCUCCCCGCUUCUCCCUGUCUGGACAGUUUCAGUUUUAAAAUGACUUACAUUCCAAUAGAUAAUCGAUUAUGCCUUUUACAUAUGCCUCAUGGCAUCCAAAUACUAAACAAAUAGAAUAAGCAUCCCUAACACCCACCUUUUUUGUGUGUGUCUUCAAAAAGCCACAUGCUGAUUUCCAUGUGUAGUAGAGCCCUAUGUACCUGGAGCUACAGGUACUAAGGAGAUUGCAAGCCCAGCUGGUAAUGUAGCUCAUGUGAGGGAUGAACGUAGUAGUGACAUCAGAACGACAUCUUUGUAUGUAGUGAUGACAUCAGAACCUCUUUGUGAAAUUGCAGCCUUGAACGUCCAUGGGGAAAGGGUGCGUCCGUCAGUAUUGUACAGGGAUCUUGUCAUCAGAACUCACUGCAAACGCUUAUUGCCAUUGGAAGCUACUGAUAUUGGCAGUGGCUCUGCUCUAAACCACUUUUUAGCAAUUGUAUUUUUCUUGAUUAUAUAUUUUUAAUGUACUUUGAUGUUUAUGCUGAUGAGUUUUUUAUGUACUUUUGGUGAUGUUUCAGUCUUAUGUACUCUUCUGACGUCAGAAAAGUGCCACUGGUUGUUUGCAGUCUUAUUGUGUAAUCAGCCUACCACAGGCUUCCAUGUAUAAUAAAGUAAUUAAUAUUGUGCAAGUGUAAAACACUUCUGUUAUAAAAGCAGUGUUUGGAAAAUAAGAAAUUAUUAAAAAAAAUGGUUACAAAAUACUAGUUAAUUUCCUUUCCCCACUUUCUUCCCUUUAGCUUUAACAGCUGAAGGAUCUUUGCAAGAUUCUUAGAAAAUGUGUUUAAUCCUCUUAAAUACCACUCAGUACUAAAAAGUCUGUAUUAUUUUGGUAAGUGUGGUAAGUUCUGUUGGGUACAGAGUACAAAGGAUGACGAGGACCUUUUCCACUGUAUCUCUAAGCUGUAUGAUUUUUCUCCAGUUUUUUGUUUCAUAAAGGUUUUGAAUUUCUUUAACUUUUAUUGUGUGUACUGAAUACUGCAUAUGUAUUAUUCUGAUUGUUUGCUCUAGUUUACUACCAAUAAAAGUCCUGUUAAUCACAAAAUUGAAGAAAGGAUAUAUCACUUAAUGUCAUCCAGUCACGGGUUUUUGGAGUUUUCUGUGGCCUACGUAAAACACUGGCAUUACUGAAAAAACCAGUGGUUCAGGAGCUUGUGCUUUUAUUGUGUAUUUUACAUUUAAGUAUUUUAUGUUUCUAGGCUUGCUUCAUUUGAAAGUAGGUUGAAUGCUUUGUGUUUUGCAGCACACAAUGGUACGGGAGAAUUAAAUUUAAUAUAUAAAUCCGAAACAUGUUUUACUGAAAUGGGUGAGUCUUCCUGUUAUUCCAGAGAGAUGAUGUAUUGAAGUUUUGGGUUCUAGGUGCAAUCUUUUUUUUUGCAUCGAAAGAUAGAAGUGAAAUGACAGUAUGAUAUAGGUAAAAAUGGCCUUGAGCCCUUUUGUAGUAUGAAAAAAAAGUAUUGUGAAGUCAUAGUAAACAUUGCUUUUAAGAAAUUGAAAGUGUGGUUGUUGAAGAGCUAAAAGGAUGUUAAUAUUAGCGAUGCAGAACAUGUGUUUAAAAGCUGGUGGGUGUUGUUAACUUUUGCAGAUGUCCAAGAUCUUGGGGGAAAAUGUGCUUUAGAAUUUAGUGGCUGCAAGUAUUGAGGGAUGAGGAAUAAAAAUAUGGAAGGAUGGAGAAUGUCUUAGAGGCUUUGCACUCAGUUGUGGAUGAUGGUAUUCUAAGAUGAGCGAUUUGCAUGGAGUGUAAGCACACAUUCUGUGUAGAAACAUCUACUGAAGGUCCAUCUGAUGACGAAACUGCGUUCUCUUCACUAAGGUUAUUCCUGAGAUUUUUGUCAUUUUCUCACACUGAUUCUGAGUCUGCCAUGAUUGCCCCACGUGGGUGAUUUGUUUCUUCUGGAUUAUUCCUAACAUUAAUUUCCUAACCCAUCUACAUACCUUUCUUUUGUGUACUAUAGGUAUCCAAAUAGGACAUUUUUAAGUGAAAAGUUUUUACUUUUAAGUUGUUAGGUUAUGGAGUAGAAAGCAAAUAUUAGGAUUUUUGUUGUGUUACUGUUACUGUAGGUUCAAGUGAUUAUUGGUCACUGGUUUGUGAGGUAACUGACCUGAGCUCAGUUCUCAUCACUCUUGCCUGCCUGAUUAAGUGGAUGUCCUAACAGUGAUGAGAGGAACAAGAAAAAUCUGUGUAAAAAUUGUUUACAUUGUCUUUAAAAUUGUGAAGAGUGAUACAAAUAUAUACCUCAGAUUCAGGUUUCCGUGUUACACUGAUGAGGCGAGAGACAGAGGUUUUUGUUCAUUCCCGGUAUUUGGUUUGAUGAUAGCUGUUUGUCGUCAUCGUGCUUAGGUGUGAACCAGGGGAUAGCUUGAGCAUCUUGGCCUGUGGUGCAUUGGACAUGGUUAGCCUGCAGCUUGAUCGAGUCUCAUUCAGUAGAACAUCCUUCAAGAAGUUCCGUUUUCAGAACAGGACUGUCGUUUGCUGAGGUUCAUGUUCUUCAUGUUUUCUUUGAUACUUCAGUGUUGUGUUUUUUGAGUGUGAUACACAUUAGUGUUGUGAUAUGAUCUAUCAUACUGUGUUGAGGUUAUGUCAGUAAUGGCCCAUGAGUAUUUUUGUUGCGAAAUCUCUCCUGGUAUUUAAGGCAAGUCUGGUGGGUCACCAGUCGGCCUGUAUCCUUUGUGAAAUGAUAAGAGUUCUUGAUAGACUUUGAGAGAAAUUGUUAUGUUCUGCUUGUUAAUAUUUUUUAUCCCUAAUAACUUAUUUAAAAUGAAGAUUAGCAUAAACAUAGCAUCUUGGAUUUCUGUUAUCUUGAAAAGAAUCAUAAAGAAGUCCUGAGGCUGCUGAUAGCUGGUAGAGAUUAUUGCCGUAAAGAGGAUGUAUACAUUAAGAUUAUUUCCACUGUCUUUGUAUUUGUUUUGCUUUUUUUAAAAAGUACUGACUCCAAUGAUUUGAAUGUGAUCAGUUUGAUUUUGUGUAGGUUUUUGAUGACUCCCGCGCUCACUGCCUGCCAGAUAAGGUGGAUGCCCUUAUGCCUCUAGUUGUGCUAGGGAAAGUCGACAGGCCAGCCUGUGUGCUCACAACACCUCCCCCACCCCAAUUCUGAAACAGAGUUGUGCCUGUUGACGUUAAGAAUCCCCACCUCAGAAGACUAGCUGAAUACUGUGAUUUUCAGUUAAUGCCUAAACUAAAAGUCACCGCAUGUUAGGAUUACUUUUAAGUUUUAUCUGCAAUUUGAUUACUUAGCAUUUAUGGAAUAUGUUUAGGUUAUAUGAAGCCAGAAAGCUUCAUGGUGAGCUGGGCCAGUCAGUUGAAAAGAAUUUUUAUUCCUUCACCUGUCUGAUGCCAUACAAAUAGAUGCCAGGUGGGACAGCUGCUGGUAUUUUCUGUCAACACCAAUACAAAAAAAAAUAACAUGCUAAUGAUGUUCAAUAAUUACAAUCAAGUACUUUGCAAUCAAAUCUUUUUGGUUGCAUAGAAGUAGCUUCCCAAGUAAGUAUUGGCAAAAGUGGAAAGAAACCCACAGGCACGCACGUGUUUUUCCCUUCGAGGAGUGAGUACCAUGGAGUUCUUAGUAACGUUUACACUGUACUUACUGCCGGAGUGUGACUAACUAGGUUGAAAUGUCCUGGGUGAGAUAAGCCUUACAAAGCAUGGUAUGUGUUGAAAUAGGUAUCGCUGGAGAAGUUGUAAACAGCUGGAGAAAAAUAUAAUG